GCAUACCUCUUCGAGGUAUUGGUGUUGUAAUGAACGUUAUACGCAGCCACCGAUAAGUCCUACAUCAGUAAUUUCGGGUCUGGCUCGCUCCCUACUUCGCGCAUUCUUGGUCGCCAUCUGUUACUUCCUCCUGUGCUUCCUGCGGCAUUGUGCGUGACCCCUCUCGGUUUCUGUAUCCGUCUUUUUGACAAAAAUGGCGUGUGCUACUCUGAAACGCACUCAAAACUUUGAUAUUUUGGAUUCCGUUAUGACAAAACGUCGAAAAUUCGGUUCUUAUAUUCAGGAUUAUGACCCGCCUACUGUGCGUAUGCCCGAGUCGCCUUUUGCUCCUAGCGAGUCUGUUACACAUGUUCAGCUAAAGCGACGAAUUAAAGAAGAGAUCAAGCGUUUACAACGGCGACGACUGAUACCUAGAUUCCUUGGUUCACCUGUUCCUACGACUCAGCCGACCUUCAGCGGCCAUGUGCAUGAGGACAACGCAGCCAUUGCAUCCUGCAGCGGAUGCUUCCGAUCUCUUGCACUGCGCUCUCCACCGCAGGACAGCCAAGACUCUGACAGCGACCAAUCACCUUUACGUCACAACGAGGCGUCAUUCCAGGGCUUUCAGGCAAACAGCAGCUCAACUACUCAAGCGCUUUCUUCACCUACCGUCUCCUCGUCCCGUUCACUUUCCACGUCCCGAAAUAUUGAUUCAGUGCCAAUCUUCACUUUACCCCAAGUUACUGCCUUGUGCGAUCGCUUGAUCAAAGAACGUGAAGCGGAACUCCGACAGGAAUAUGAUAACAUACUUUCUUGCAAACUAGCUGAACAAUAUGAAGCAUUCUUGAAGUUCAACCACGAUCAGUUAUACAGUCGAUUCCAAAAUACUCCUAUGAGCUAUGUGUCUUAACCGCCUGCUUGAUUGAGGAUGGCUCCGACUUGCGGAUUUCCCUCAAGAGUUUUACCACCAAACUUUUAAGUGUACAAGAAUGCCUCAUCCAAACUCUUCGGGGCAAUUACUUUCAGUGAAUAAUGAGUCAGUCGUCUGUCGAAGUCAUUCUUUCACCGCAUCUUUCCCCACGGACGAUUAUUCCGCGUUGCUUUCCUCCAUCUGUCCCAUACAAUCCUGCUGCUUUCUUCCCAUUGUCUUGUUUUGGUGCAUGGUGGUUUGAACAAACUGCUGUGAGUUUCGAUUUGUUCCCAGUUCUGUACCUACAUUUGUUCUUCCAAUCGAGACUCGAUUUCGCGCCACUUCCAACUCACAUGCCGAACUACUAACUCAUCCAGAUCUUGAUCUUAGGAUGGCAUAUGAAUUCGAUCUUUUGGAUGUCACUCUCAGCUGGCUGUCAUCCCUAUGCAUGUUUAUCCCAUCGAUAUAGUUUUUCGCGCUUCAGCUC